AUGGCUCACUACGCCCUGGCCACGUCCUACGCAGGGGAAUCGCUCCUCUCAGGAUUCAACUGGUUCGAUGGGGCUGAUCCCUCCCACGGCUUCGUUUCCUACCAGAGUCGUCCGAAUGCUGAGGCACUGGGUCUGUAUUCAGUUGAUGAGAAUACGGGAGUCGUGAGAUUAGGUGUCGACAGCACGAAUACAUAUUCAACGUAUGAGCAGGGACGGCCGAGUAUACGGCUUGAAAGCAAGGAGUCUUACAACCAUGGUCUCUUUAUUGCCGACUUUUUACACAUGCCUCCUUCGCAAUGUGGUUUAUGGCCAGCUUUCUGGACAUAUGGGCCUAAUUGGCCUGCUGGGGGAGAAGUCGACAUCAUCGAAGGCGCCAACGACCAGUAUCACAACAUUCUUUCCGCACACACAGCUCCCGGCUGCAGUGUUGGCUAUGAUCUCAGCAGUGAUUUCUUGGGGGUUCAACGCUCGACGAACUGCGACGUUGGGACUGAUAAUGUUGGCUGUGGGUAUGAAUCACCUGUGGGUGAUGCGUCUGCGUAUGGGGAUGGCUUCAACGCUGCUAAUGGGGGUGUGUAUGCCAUGGAGUGGGAUGAUGAGUACAUCAAGAUUUGGCACUUUGCGAGAGGGAAUAUUCCCAGGGAUAUUCGUAAGAAGGAGCCUGAUCCGAAUGGUUGGGGGUUGCCGGAUGCUAUUUUUGGUGGGCGGAGCUGUGAUGUGGACAACUUUUUCAAGGAUAUGAGUCUUGUUAUUAAUAUUAAUUUCUGCGGUGAUUGGGGAAACGCCAUCUGGGGCAAAACCGACGGCUGCGGCGCCUACGCAUCAACAUGCAGUGAAUACGUGGGCAGCAACCCGGAAGCAUUUUCGAAUGCCUACUGGGACGUUCGAUACAUUGACGCCUACCAGAAGAGCAACGAGGCUCGUUCCUCUCCUCCUUCUAACCCUUCUCCCGACGAACCAGCCAGUUCAACCACCACCAUGACCACAUCCAUGACCACAACCGUCACCGUCAACGGCCACAAGACCACCAAAGUCAUCGACGGGGACGCAAAACACACUCCCAGACCAGACAUCACCACCUCAUUCAUCUCCCCCAGCGAGGCUGCUGCGCCAAAGAAUCCCACCAAGGUUGACGACUCCGCAUACCUGGGCUGCUACAGCUCAAGCGACGGCUUCAAGACCUUCCACAUGGUCCAAGACAGCAAGGACAUGACUGUCGGGCAAUGCGUCAAGCUCUGCCGCGAAUCCAUGUUCGCGGGCGUCUACGACACGCAGUGCUUCUGCGCAGACUCACUAGAUGCGAAUACGCGCGCUGCCAACGCCAAGGACGGGGAUGUGUGCGAUCAUCCUUGUCCCGGUGAUGACGCUCAGUAUUGUGGUGGUUUGGCAAAGAAUAUCGGCGAGUUGGCUAAUGCAACUGCGCCAGCGAAGAAUGAAAAAUUCGGCAACAAUCCAACGACAGGCGCACCAAGCUACAAAUUUACAAAUUCGACGGGAAAUUCCACACUACAGAAUACAUUCCACGUUGCUUCGAAGAAGCUGCAGGCGCGACGUAUGGACAAGAAUAUCCUACUUACUGUCUACGGGGUCGUCAAGAACGAGACGCCGCCGCCGCCGCCUCCGCCCAUGGCACCAGGUCAGAAUGUAACGUACACGUUUACGGAUUACGCUACGGAGACGAAGUACAAGACUGUUGUGCCUGUUCAGGUGACUGGCGCGCCGGAUGCCAAGUUUGUGGUGAAUACGCGGCCUGGGAAAUCGAUGAAAGACAAGACUGUCACUGAGACGGUUAGACCGACGGAGGUAGUUAUUGAGGAUUGCGCAAGUACUGAAGCUCCUACCGUGCAGACGAGCAAGAUUCAUUGGCAGAAGUCUUCGCGGUUCGAUCCCCCUGUGCCGGUGGAGACGGAGACGCCCCUGCCUACGGUUGAUACUUCGGAGGAGACUGGCAGUCCUACACCUGCAGUGGUGACUGCUGGUGCUGGGGGUGCUUGGAGCGAGACAAAGUUGGUGACGUUGGGAUUGGCGGUGUUAGUUGUUGCGGUGUUGCUUUGA